AUUCCCGUAAGCCAAUGGAAGCGUGGUUUUGAUAAUGAGCGAGGCUACAGUGGGAAGUGGAGUUCUGCUGUGCCAGAAAUCUGCAUGUCUCCACCGACUGGAAAGAAAAUACAAAAAACCUGUUGCAAAUGAAAUGCAAAAAACAGACACAUGAGCAAAGGGGAUCCGGGCAUGAAUGAAGAGAGUGGCUUACAUAAAGGAAGAAACAACGUGCAAAAAUAACUUGAGGAAGAACACGGGUAUGCCUUCUCAUGAAGGUUCUGCCAUCUCUCCCAGGCUGUCGGGAAGCUGUCGGCGGGCCUGUUUGGGUGGUCGCUUGGGGUUCGUGUGAUCAGGGUGGCUCCCUGGGAGUGGGGGUUUAAGGAUCCUCCUUCCUGAUGGAACGGUGGGGAAACUCCUCUGCGGAUCACUGGUCCUCUCAGAGCAAGCGAGAAUAUCAAUACUAUACGAUUUGACCAGAACACUGUGACUUGGAACAUUUUGCACAGAUCGCACACAGUGUGGACAGUAAAUCUCUCUUUUUUUAUAUACAGAAAGAGAAGACAACGUGACCCAUCAUGAACAAAGAUGGGGAAGUGGGCACCAUUGCCCCCGAGAUGCCGGCGAUGUUCGACGGGGUGAAGCUGGCGGCGGUGGCGACAGUGCUGUACAUCAUCGUGCGCUUUCUGAACCUGAAGAGCCCGACUGAGCCGCCUUGCCUCAGCUAUCAGGACACCCCGCUCAACCGCUUCCUAAUCAAGUCCUGCUCACUACUGACCAAAGAGUACAUUCCUCCCCUGCUAUGGGGGAAAUGCGGGCACCUACAGACGGCGCUCUAUGGGAAGAUGGGCCGGGUCAGCUCACCUCAUCCAAUUGGGCUGCGCAAAUUCCUCGCCAUGCAUGACGGGGCCACGGCCACCUUUGACCUCUUCGAACCGCUAGCCGACCAGUGCACAGGAGAUGAUGUCACCAUGGUUAUUUGUCCUGGGAUUGGUAACCACAGUGAGAAGCACUACAUACGUACCUUUGUGGACUACGCUCAGAAGCAAGGCUACCGCUGUGCUGUCCUUAACCACCUGGGAGCUCUGCCUAACAUUGAGCUAACCUCUCCCCGCAUGUUCACCUACGGCUGCACCUGGGAGUUUGCAGCCAUGGUGGGCUACAUCAAGAAGACAUUCGCCCAGACGCAGCUCAUUGUUGUGGGCUUCAGCCUAGGGGGCAACAUUGUCUGCAAGUUCCUGGGUGAGAACCACACCAACCAGGAGAGAGUGCUGUGCUGCGUCAGUGUGUGCCAGGGCUACAGCGCGCUCAGGGCCCAAGAGACAUUCCUGCAGUGGGAUCAGUGCCGGAGAUUUUACAACUUUCUCAUGGCAGACAACAUGAAGAGGAUCAUCCUCUCACACAGGGGCAUGCUGUUCGGAGAGAGCUCCAACAAGAGACCCAGGAUGAUGGAGGAUGCCGACCUUAGCCGGCUUUUCACAGCCACCUCCCUCAUGCAGAUCGACGACAACAUCAUGAGAAAAUUCCAUGGGUACGACUCCCUCAAGGAAUACUAUGAGAAGGACAGCUGUGUCCAUUAUAUUCACAAUGUCAAUGUGCCCCUAUUACUGGUAAACACAUCAGAUGACCCACUGGUGCAUCCCAGUUUACUGACCAUCCCACGCACACUCGCAGAGAAGAAAGAGAAUGUGAUCUUUGCCCUCACGCUGCAUGGGGGGCACCUGGGAUUCUUCGAGGGGGCGGUGCUCUUCCCUCAGCCUCUCACCUGGAUGGACAAGGUGAUUGUGGAGUACGCCAACACCAUCUGCCAAUGGGAGAAACACAAACCACAGUGCGGGAGCGGCAGCGAACAGGACUGCUCGUAGGAAACGGAUAAACGCUAACCCCUCCCUGACAGCGCCCUGCCACCUCGCUCUCCUCCUCAACAACUCCUCCUCCUCCUCCUUCUUCUUCUUCUACUUUCUUCCGCUGGCCUUUUCUUAUCGUUGUUUUUUUUCUGUGGGAGAGUUUUCAUAAUUUGUUUGUUUUGGUUUCUUUCCAAAAAAUAAAAAACCCAACUGUGUUAAAUAAUAUCUGAAGAGCAAAAAAGGAAGAAACAGAAACAAGGACACUGAAUGUGAACAUGCUGAAAAAAACACAAUAACCAAAACUAGAAGGGCAGAUGGGAAGGGCUAUAAUCCAGUCAAUGUUUCUGUGGGGCUCGGUGGCACAGUUCAUGCUGCUGUGAAACAGCCCGUAGUUUACAUCAUAGAACCAGCACACAAGUGUUCUUCGAAUCCUAGCUCUUAAUGGGAGGGGCUGGUGUUCAGGUCAGUGUUUAGUUAAGCACUUGGAUGAACCGUGUAGAGUGCACCAUUGCAGGCAGGGCUGUACUAACUGCUUCCCCUCUAAUCUCAGUCACAAAUGUCCUGUCAAGCCCCAGGGUUGCAAGUUACCUUGAAAUGCCGAUCUCUCAUCUAGUGCUCCCAGCCCUAGAUCUAAAUACAUUCUCUGGAGUUUUUUUUUUUUUUUUUUAAACCCUUGAUUUAAGUUCUUUUAUUUUAGCGUGUGGUUUCAAACUCCUUUUCUGUUUCUUGGCUGCUGUUUUCAGUUUUGCACAUUCUGGCCCUGGGGUUUGAUUGCUGUAAUGUAGUGGCACGUACGCUGACUUCACGUACAUUCAGUGUGUCUUAGUAGAUGCUCGGAGUCCUGUCUCGGAGACUCAGUCACUCUCUGGGACUCCUUUAGCCAGGAGUCCACGACGGCUUCAAACAUACCCAAGGCACAAAGAUCCCAGUUGGGCUUCGACCUGCUCCUGUCCCCUGUCUUGCACUUCAGCUCCCUGAGGACGUGCUUUUUAGUUUCUAUGCCUCACUUUCACGUGAAAGAGAUUAAAACAUUGUGACUCGUUUAAUUGUGACCUUCCUCUACAGGGCUAGUGGUCAGAACCCAGGUGAAUUCACUGGUAUUCCUACUGUCACGUGCUGCAGUUCAUCCCAAAGCCAGGGCCACGUAAAGCAUCCACUUGAUGUCUUUAUGCCAAGCUUUUUAUUUUUAAAUCCAUCUUUAAUUAUGGUUCUUAAGAUGGGGUUUUCAUUUGUAACUGUCCACGAGCCUCGAGGGAACCCCUUUUAUUUAUUUAAUUGUAACUUUCGGGUGGACUUGAAGGGAAGCGGAGAGAACAUUUCUGAAAUGUUAUCCUCUGUUAUAUUGGGAAACACCUUACCUUUCCCCAGCCGAUGCGGGGGAGUCUUGAGUUUAGAAUUCAACAGAAGCACAGAAUCUUCACUUUCUAUGUGUCUUUUUUACCCUUGCCUUUGAAAAAAGAAAACAAUAUAUAUGACUAACAAGCUCUUCUAUUCCUUAUGCAAAUUAUGUUACUGUGAUAACUUGGUUUACUGGGUGAAAGAGGUGGGUUGUUCUUUCUUAUGACCAUGUUUAAAGGAAUAUCCAUGUUGUCCGUUUGUCACCUGAGAGAACCGAUUGGCUGUUAUUGGAUUAUUGUCACUGCCAACACUAAGCAGGACGUACUCCUUCUGUAAACAUGUGUCCCAUCCCAAAUGCAACAUGUGUGCACGUGCUCAACUUUUUUCUUUUGCACUUUAUUACUGUGUUUUGUUUUGUUUUGUUUUUUAAACUUGACAAUCAUCCAUAGAUGUUAAGAACACCACAGCAUCUCCAGUUUUUAGGGAAUCCUGUUUAUCCAAAACGAUGCACCCCCAAAGGAAAGGUUGCAUCUCCUUAUGCUUUGCAGUAUUGGUAUAUUUGAAUAAAUACAGUGAAUAAGAUAAAGUACAGCCUUUACUGUGUCAGGAAGGGUGGCUCAUCCAGCACUAACCCUGUACAGCUCUGUGUGUACCCACAACUGUAUACCGACAAUGGUACUGAGCUAAUUUACCUGACUACACAAAGGUCUUGUAAUGUCUCUAAGCUGUCAUUAAGUACAUUUUUUAAGAGAAUUGUGCAAUUAUUUUUGCAGAGAAGCAUUUGUUGUGUUAAUACAACCUUUAUUAUUUGUUUUAAUGGCACUUUUUGGUGUGUUUUUAUUCACUUCAAUGUUGAAUGUGGGCUAUAUCUCAAUCUGUAAAGGGCAGUGUAGCGAAUGUUUGGAAUCUGUUACCAGAUAGCUCACUGGAAUGAUCAUUUCCAGUUUAUGGUCCAGCUUUUUUGGAAGUGCUUUCUUAGCAGUUAAUCACAGCCAUUUAAAAUCGGUGCACAGCUUGUAAUAGUUUCAGUAAGUUUCUAUUUCACUGUUCCUCUCGGCCUGUGUUGAAUGUCUGCUGGAUGUGCUCUUGCCUUUACAAUCCUUGUUAAACCAGGGUUGUGGUUCAGGGUCUGAAAAGGGGGAAAUCCGAAGAAGUUGUGGCAAAUAUCUUUCUUGCCACCAGGUUUCACUGUCAGAUAGAGUUCCUGCUGUGGCACAGUGACAAGAGCUUCUGCCAGCAUGAGCAAGUAAUAAAAGGGGGUGUGUGCCAAUGCGAGGCAGCCAGGGACCCCCAAGAUAGGGAACGCUCUCCUGAUCCCCUGAACACCAGGAGUUGGGGUGAGGCGGCUUCACUGUGUUUCUGGAGAAUGGGAAUGCUGAAAAAAAAGGCAUCAAUUAGGGAUUCUCCAAGAAACCACUAACUAGCAAUACGUUUUAAGUACAGAGCAAUGUGCAGUAUGUUUCCCAGUUGAACUUUGAUCCUUUCAGUUUGCCAUUGACUGUGCUGAAAGGUGCUUUUUGAAAUAUAGCCCUGUUCAAACAAGGUAAAGCAAUGGAAUUGGUAUUCUAUGGUUUGUUUUGUUUUAUGAAUUUACUGUAUGGAUGUGUGUAUGUCUGUCCGCACAGUGCAGUUUGUCCACGUCCAAUUUCUACACCUUAAUUGCGGGUGCAGAAUUGAACUAAACACAGUAACACCCAUUGGCAUGGACACAUACAGAACAAUUAAACCUGAAACCCUUUCACAAAGAGACCAGCUUUGGGUUUAAAAAAAAUGAUAAGAUAAAAUGUGUCCUGCUUUUACAACAGAUUUUUACAGGGACCAGGUGAGAACAGUCUCUUUUUUAUGAAUUAAAGUGAUUUAAUGGUUAAUGAGAACAAGUUAUUUUAAUAUUUAAAAUGUUUAUGCUUUACUGGCAGCCGAAGUCCGAAGUGUAAUUGUGUGCAGAAGGGUUAUUAAAUGGCUAAGUUAAUUAAGAAAUUACAUUAGAUAACCUUUUUUUUUUUUUUUUUUUUUUAUUUAUUUUUUUUUUUUUUUUUUGCAUUGGAAUCCUUUUAUAUAUAAUAAAAAUGCAACCCUUCUAUAUUUAGUUGGGGACUGAGCAGAUUGACCACUGAUGAUUUAUAUUUGAUCCUUAAAAAAAAAAACAAAGUGCAGAGGGGUGGUGCUGGUUUUCUGGGAUUUGUAACACUGCUCAAGCACUCUGCAGACACCCCUCUGUUAACCCCAGCUAUGAAGGGACCUGGGUGAGUUUCCAGGGCAGUUGGUGUGACACAGGCCACAUCUCUCCCCUGUGUACUGAAGGUGUAGGAACAUGCACUCAAGACCCUUAAAUAUGCGAGGGGGGGGGGGGGACGGGACGUGAAGACAUUUAUGUUUUUUGUUUUUUUGUUUCCCCCCCCCCCAUCAGGAUUUGUUAAAUAUACCCGUGUACUCCUUUCUGAUGGCUUCACUUUUUCUUUACGAAUCAAUAGAUUAAUCUCAUUUAUGUGUGAUUUGUCAUUCAGCUGUUAUCGUAUGGAUUGAAUUUGUGUGUGUGUGUUUUUCAGAAACCAAGGGGGUGUUUAUUUUAAAAAUUACAAUAAUUGUGUUGGGAAUUAAAUUAUUUUCUCGUAAUAUCUGCUUGCCUCCUGUCUUGUAAUGUGAGACCGUGCCUCCACAAGAGGAUAUAACUCAUGAUGGUAUUAAAUGUUUAAGUGUCUGUUUAAUCAUAAUGAUGGAGCAAUGUUAAAGUAGCCACCUAAUCUUAUUGAAAUGAUACGUAAUCCCCUACCAUCUGCAGAGCAGCAUUGCUGGAACGUCCUCGGAUAUCCAACAGGUCCUCAAAGGCUGCUGGCUGCUUGUUACAGACCUCCUCAUGAUUGAAACAAACCCUUCUCUCUGUGUACGUUCUUGCAGUAUUCUCUGAUACAUAACAAGUCCAAUGUAUGGAAAAGAAAGUGUGCUGUAACCGUCAAGGAAUUACUUUACUUAGAGUUCAGCGUCUCCUUGGCAUUUCAACAGUGCCAUGCAAUAAAGUUACAAACACAAAGGGUAAAUCGUGUGAAACAAAUAAAUGAAUUGCUAUCUAACUUGACGAUGUUUCCAGUAAUGCUUAACCCAACCCCACUAACCUAUGUAAAGCACAUGGCAGGACUGGUGAUCUUCCCUGUAUGAAAUCUGUAGUCGGUCACAGUUGAGAACUGUGCUGGCCUUGUCUUUGGUCCAUGGAAAAUAAAGAAUGGGUCAACUGCAAUGUAAAUAUCUGAAUGCAGCAGAUCACUGUGUUUAUUUCAUUAAAGACUAGUUUUCCUGACUUACUUUUUUGUAUUUUAUGGUCCAUUCUUA